AUGGACUCUCCCAUUGAGGUAACCCUGCCGCUCGAACUCCCCCCACCGGAAUUCAUGAACAUCACAUUUCCACUUGGCCUCAUCCCCGAGAGCGACGGGUACGAGCAGUUCUACCUGAGAGCGAGGUUCAUCACCGGACUCAUCUUCUACCCUGUCGUCUGCCUGAUCGGGCUCAUCGGCAACAUCCUCAGUAUUAUCGUCAUGUGCCAAAAACAGAUGACGUCAUCAACUAAUGUCUACCUUCUUGCCUUAGCCAUAUCGGACUGCAUCAAGAUAAUCAGCGACUUUCUGUACUUCACCGUCAUUCUAUUGUUGGAGGUCGACUUCCCGAAAGGCAACAAGGCCUUUGGAUUUCUCUAUCCUUACGCGCACUAUAUUUUUAACACGUCGCUGUGUAUAUCCGCCUGGCUGACGGUUUCGGUGGCGGUGGAGCGAUACAUAUAUGUGUGUCAUCCGACAAAGGUGAAAGGAUACUGUACGAUUUCUCGUGCCCGGACUAUUUCUACGUCGGUUUUCGUUUUGAUGAGUUUCCUCGCCAUCCCCUACGCGAUGCGAUAUCGGACGAUCGAGCACAGGAACAACGUGACCGGCGCCAUACACUACAUUCCCCAGGUGACCGAUUUAUGGCAGAACCAGAUGUUCUCGAAGACGUAUACCUGGCUUCAGAACUUUCUUCGCUCCAUCAUCCCCCUCUUCCUUCUGAUAGUGCUCAACACGUGCAUAAUCUACGGAAUUCGCCGAUGUCGAUUCGGAAGAUUCAAAAGCAACCGCCGGUACCGCAUAACGAUCAUGCUUGUUUUUGUCAUUCUCGUUUUCCUCGUGUUUAUAACCCCAGACGCCAUUAUGUCGACGUUUUUCGGGUUCGGAUAUUACGAGGAGAAAUUUCUUCAUCGUGGGGUUCGUGAGAUUACGGAUCUGCUGCUGCUGGUGAAUUCUGGGACGAAUUUUAUCAUCUAUUGUAUUUUUAACACUAUCUUCUGGAGGAGUUUUGUGUUCUUGUUUUGCCGCCCCUGUUGUUCUCGGACGGAUGAAGGUUCUCAAAUCAGACGGUUUUCCCUUCCCAGCAGGGCGGUCGUCGUCUCAAUACGCAAAUCAGGGAAUAGGCAUGAACUGUAUGCAACUGUAUGA